AUGAGAUGUCACACAAUACCAGGAUCUACACCCAAGAAAACCUCUGGAUCUGGAGUAAAAUAUGAGACCGAGACUGAAGCCUGUCUGUCAGUGUCUCCUGUCAAACGGGAUGACAAUGAUGAUGGUACUAAAUUUCAUAAAUCUGAAGUUCUUGUGGACAUGAGCUUCUCACCAGGUUUUCUAUGGAAGACAUUAAGAAUAUUAUUUCUGAUUGGAACAUUCUCUGUAGUUGUGGUGAAUGUUGCGUGUGGAAAAAUAAUCCAUAUACAAGCAGAAAACAAUGUGGAUAUUCUUCACAAAAAUGGAAUGGAUUUGAGCCAGACAGUUUUAAAUGUGAUUCAUCAUGAGGUUAAAGAAAGAUCUACAAACGAGAAGACCAAAAGUAUCAUACAUGUACAUGUAUACAAAACUCUGGAGGCAGGAGAAGAGUGCUCAGCUGGCACACAAGCCAUUCAGGACAAGUGUAACAAUUCAGAACAAGCUUUGUGUGUUAGGAACAGGACAAAGAAAAACUUGGUAGCUGUGUGUGCUCCCGACAUGUACAUGCAUGAUUUCUGUCCGGUCUUUACACUGGCAACCAGCAAUGGAUCAACCUUUCCAAUAGUUCAGCUUGACAGUCAUUCUCAAUGUGUGAACUGCUCUGACUAUUACAAACGCGACGUCGAAAAAUACCCCCAGUGUGUAAAACUGGAAAUGGAUGAGUCAACACCAGCAACUAGUUCCUCUAAUGCCACCUCUUAUUCUGCUGGGAGAGAUGAAAAAGGGCUGAGUGGUGGACACAUUGCUGCCAUUGUUACUGUAGCUAUAGUUGUAUUGGCUGUGAUCAUUGUUGUGGCACUGUUCUUUCUGCACAGAUCAGGCUAUAUACAUAUCCAGAGUGAACGUCUCUGCCAAAUAUGGGGCCAGAUUAGGGGAUGGAUCUUCGUAAAUGAGAAUUAAAGCACUGAUUGAGAAAGACACAGAAUUAAGCUCACCUUAACUCAAUGACAACCUUAUGUGGAUUACUUGUUUCGCUUAUACCUACUAGGUUUAAUGACGACCUUAUGUGGUUUACUUGUUUCAGG